AUUGCGUUUCCAAGGGGAAGCCGGAGCGGCGUUGCUGGGCCCGAGUCCCGGCGGCGGCGGCGGCGGGGGAAGCCAGCGAGGCCCGGCCCGGUCUGGUGUGGCCGGCUGCGGGGGCGGGACCAUGAGCUUGGCCUUGAGGAAUGAACUUGCAGUAGACAAAACUAAAAGGAAGAAAAGAAGAGAACUGACUGAAGAACAGAAGCAGGAAAUUAAAGAUGCUUUUGAACUGUUUGAUGCAGACAAAGAUAAAGCAAUAGAUUAUCAUGAAUUAAAGGUGGCAAUGAGAGCCUUGGGUUUUGAUGUAAAAAAGGCUGAUGUGCUAAAAAUACUUAAAGAUUAUGAUCGAGAAGCAACAGGAAAAAUCACAUUUGAAGAUUUUAAUGAAGUUGUGACAGACUGGAUAUUGGACAGAGAUCCACAAGAAGAAAUACUCAAAGCAUUCAAAUUAUUUGAUGAUGAUGAUUCAGGUAAAAUAAGCCUGCGAAACCUACGACGUGUUGCUAGAGAACUUGGUGAAAACAUGACAGAUGAGGAGCUACGGGCUAUGAUUGAAGAAUUUGAUAAAGAUGGAGAUGGAGAAAGGGGACCUAUUGUUAUGACUAAGAAAAAGGAUUUGAGGUUAAAACAACAGCAGUAACAAAUCAAGUAUCAGGCUGAAGUUUUAUAACUGAAUAUUUUGACUCUAACAAUGUAUACAUAUAGUUUAAAAACUUGUGUGCCUCUUCCACCUAUGUAAUAGUAUUUUGCUGGCAAAGAUGUGACUGCUAAACAUGCACAAAUAAAAACUAAGCAGUCUAAAUGCACUGAUAACUCACUUCUCUUCUGUAUGUUGAAUCAUCUUGCAGCCUUACUGGGAAACAAAUAAAAAGGGAAAACAGCGUUGUUGUUUUGGAUCUGUAAUGUUUAUCAAGAGAAUUGGAACUGAUUCACUGAGGUACUAUUUGCUUUUUCCAGAGAAGGAAAACAAAGAGAGAGAGAUCUUAGUACCCAUUUUUUCUGUCCCAACAUUCAAAUGGCUCACCCAUGCCCUAAUCAUUUCCUGCCUCAAGUAUGCAGCCGCCUCCUCCUUUAUUUAACUGCAUACCACUUGACUCAGGAUGCCUCUGCCAGAAUCAUCCUUCAUGCCUUUUAUCUCCCCCUGACUGGAGUCACUCCACUGUCUCUAUUGUGUAUGCAUCAAAUAUAAAUGUUGCCUUCUUGCUUUUACGGCCUCAUAUUAUCCAGCCCUUUGGUCACAUCUCUGGCCUGGUCUCCUUUCAUUUACUCCGUGAUUUUGCUGUUCCACCAAUUAUGCCUGGCUCAAUAUCCCCUUUGUUUAUCUCCCACAGGCAAAUCUGCAUCUUCUUCCAUGCUGUUCUUUAUGUAUACAUUGCCUUCCCCAAUCCCAUUUGCAUGCCGCAGCCGUAAUUUCAUUCAAAUUCAUCCUGAAAAUUCACUUCUCCCAUCUUACCCAUGAAAAAAGUUAGUCAAAAAGUGAAACAAAAACCACCACGAGAUUUAUCUGUCUCUCUUCUGUUAGUAUCUGUAUGAUCCUGUUGUUACACACUCGUUCUUCUCCUUCUUUCCUCUCCUCUCAGCCAUUUCUGCUCAUUUAUUCUGCCCACUUGUGUCAUACUGAAUUUAGGCUGCACGCUUUGCCAAGCAGGGGAUGUGUCUUUACUUAUUUUGGUGAAAUACCUAGUACACAACUGGGCACUCAAAAAAUAAUAACAAGGCAAAGUAUAUCUUAUUGCUUACAGUGAAUACUUUCUAAUAUCACUCCUCUUGCUAUCAAUAAAUACCUAAGCCCUGAGAACAUUCUGCUGCUCCUUAAAAAGAACAUUGGUUUCAGGAAUUCCUUUUGUUUUACACAUUUCAAUACUCUGAAGUGCUUUACUUAAGCUGUUGUAAACCAGACAGGCUAAUGGUUAAGAUUAUUUACAGACAAAAAGGUAUCUGGAUCAUUUUUUAAAACUUUUUACUUUACAUGUACAUUGAAUUUUCUCACAAUUUCUAGCAUAUUAAGGAACUAUUGCACUAAAUGACUAUGUGCUGUUAUCAUCAUAGUGUACCAUACAGUAGCUUCUAUGUAGGGAUGUAUUUGGAGAUUAGGAGUAGAAAUUUUAGAAGUACAUAAGUGAUUUAGGAGCCUACAUUCUAUUUUUGAAAUUAGCUUAUGGUGUUUAGGCACUUCAAAAUUUAUGCGCAGAUCCUCAAAUAAACAUACCAUAUAAUGCUCAUUGCACCAUCUAAUUUACUCGUGGUUUUUGAAAAUAUGACCACUCUAUGCAGGGAAUCUUGGUGUAUCAUAUGUGGCAGACCUCCAAGUACUUUUAUUAUGUAUUUAUUAUUUCCAUAUAUUUAAGCAGAUGAAAUACAGUUGACUUGUAUCAUUUUUAUAAGGCCAUGAUCUGCCUAAAAAAUGAGUGCAUGGCCCACUUCUGGCAGGAUGAAAUUAAAGCAAUAAUAAAAAAAGAAUUGGAAGUAGGACUUGUAAUUCUUGUGAACUAUAACCCCCCCAAUAAUUUUUGGUGUGGGUAUUCAAGGAAUACAGGAUUGCCUUGAUUAUUUUGUAAGAUGAAACAGUGCAACAAUAAUAAUCUCAGAAAGAAAUAAUAGCAGGGAACUAAAGGAGGGGAUUUCUGGACUUCAUACUUGUCUAGAAGCAAAUACUGGAGGACAGAAAUUUGCAAGAAUGAAAUUCUAUAUAUUGCUGCAUUUAACAAGCCCCAAAGACUUGAAGAUUCUCAGUACACAUUAGCAGGAGUAUGAAAGGGAUGGGACAUUGCUAGGUACAGUCAUUCCAAAAUGUCAAGGACACCAUAAUCCACACAAGAAUGUCACUAAAAGAAGGUGCAUUUUCCUUACAAGAUGGUAACUACUAGGUGAGACCAUUGACUCUUGUCUUACAGACCCACAAAACAAAAUCAUAUGAACUUGAGCAGAUAGCCAAUGGAAUAAUCAGACAGUGAAUUAUUUGUGGGAAAAACGAUACUCAUGUCAAAGCAAUGUUAUUGUGAGAAAUGGACUGGGCUCCUAAGCAAUAUGCAUCCUAAUUACAGGCCAUUUCCAAAAUAUUAAUAAAUCACAUGUGUCC